AUGGCAUUAAAAGAAUUAAAGAAUUCAGAUUAUUUAAGUGAUUUAAGAGUAUUUAAUUUUAGUAAAUAUCCUUCAUUUUGGGAUAUUCAUGAGGGAAGAGGCGAAUACGCGUGGAAACCUGGAAUGAUUAAAGAGGUAUCUAAAGAUUAUCCUGGCACACUUAUUUGGUUGGAUACCGGCACAAAAGUUGAAAGAUUUUUAUUCAACAAAUUAAAAAAUAUUACCGAGACAUUUGAUGGAUUUAUAUCACCAAAAUCACCUGGAUUCAUGAAGGAUUGGACUCAUCCUGGCGUAUAUGAUUAUUAUAAAGAUGAUCAUAACAAAUAUGACAAAUUGGUGAAUUGUAACGCGGCUUUUGUGAUAUUUGACACAUACAGAGUGCAAUAUUUGAUUGAUGAAUGGUAUUAUUGUGCACUGGUUAAAGAUUGUAUAGCCCCAGUUGGUAGUAGUAGAGUUAAUCACAGACAAGAUCAAACAAUACUGACUUACUUGGCUGCAAAAGGUAACAGAUAUUGUGAUAAGAAUAGAAGUUUAUUUGGAGUUACUACACAUAUGGAUAGUUAUUGUAAAGAAACCAUAUCGGUUUAUGAAUCAAAUCACCCCGAGCUUCAAUAA